GGCAUAUAGUAUUCUUCGUACUCGUCAGUUAUAGAAUAUUUUACAUUAUUGCAUCGCCAGCCAUCUUCUAGAAACAACUGUCAAAAAAAUCUGACAUUUCUAGGUUAAGUUUGUUGUCAUUCGUUCGUAAAUUUUAGUAUACUUUACAAUUUUAUUAUUAGUUUCUUAGUCAUUCAACGUCCAGUUCCAUUUCAUAAUCAGGUUUUCUAGAUUUCAUUUCAUCACAUCAUAUAUGUUUCUUAAUUUAGUUUAUCUGAUCUAGAUAAAAAUUGUUUUUUAAACAUGAGCGAGGAUUACUUGUAUUAUUCAAACGAGAAACUUCAUAAUUUCAUUCAAUCGGCAAAAACUAAGGACGAAGGGGUCCUGGAAUAUCUGAAAAAUGUGAAAUACGGCCCGGUUCAAGACUUUCCUUCUGGUUUGGAAUGGUUUAAUGUGUCGGAACCACUUUCUUUUAAAAAUCAUUUGAAAGGGAAGGUGGUUGUUUUAGAUUUUUUCACGUACUGUUGCAUAAAUUGUAUGCAUAUUCUUCCUGAUUUAAAGGAUAUUGAGAGUAAAUUUUCUGUUGAAGAUGGACUAGUUGUGGUGGGUGUUCACAGUGCGAAGUUCGAAAAUGAAAAAAUUUCUUCUAAUGUCUUAGCUGCUGUUCAACGUUAUAACAUAUCGCACCCUGUCGUGAACGAUGCUACUUCUGAUAUGUGGAAAAACUGUGAUGUCCAUUGCUGGCCCACCUUACUCCUUCUAGGCCCCAAUGGCAAUCCGAUUGUUAUGUUGACAGGAGAAGGACACAAAGAUGAUCUUAUUUUGUAUAUUAGCAAUGCGAUCAGUUAUUAUAAGGAAAAGGGAUUGAUUUCAAAUCAUAAGUUACCAAUUAGAAGCGCUUACCAUCUUUUGCCCGAUUUAAAGGGGCCUCUGUUAUUUCCAGGCAAAAUUACUAAUAUUUUAGAUGAAAACAACCAUGAAAUUUUAGCCGUUUCUGAUUCGGGCAACAACAGGAUCCUUAUAUUGAAAGAAGACGGCACCAUUUUACAACAAAUCGGUGGCAACAGAAAAGGUUUCAAAGAUGGUAAUCUGGAAGAAGCUGAAUUCGAUAAUCCGCAAGGCCUUGCUUUUCUAAAUAGAGACGUACUGUAUGUGGCCGAUACCGAGAACCAUGCUAUAAGGAAAGUUGAUUUAAAGAAUAAAUGUGUUGUUACUGUAGCAGGUACCGGUGAACAAGGCGAGGAUCACUUAGGUGGCAAAAUCGGACCACAACAACCGAUUUCGUCGCCUUGGGAUUUAUGCAUUUUCCAUACUCCCGACAUGGAUCUAACGUUCCAUCCUGAUGGGAAACCCCCUGUCAGAGACGUCCUUAUCAUCGCCAUGGCCGGCACUCAUCAAAUAUGGGCGCUGUUUUUGACGGACACUGUAUGGUGGAAAUGCAAAAAAUAUUCUGCCGGUACUUGCAUAAACAUUGCUGGUUCCGGACGAGAAGAGAAUAAAAAUAACAGUUACCCUCAUGCAGCUGCGUUUGCGCAGCCGUCCGGGCUAGCUUUGUGCCAGAAAAAUAAAGAGGUGUACAUUGCCGACAGCGAGAGUUCCAGCGUUAGAAGGCUGUCUUUGGUCGAUGGAAAAGUGACACCUGUUGUUGGAGGCGACAGAAAUCCGCAGAACCUCUUCGCUUUCGGAGACAUAGAUGGCGUACUAUUCGACGCCAAACUGCAGCACUUGCUCGGCCUAGCCCCCACCAAUGAUGAAAAAAUCCUUUUCGUAGCCGAUACCUACAAUCACAAACUCAAAAAAAUCAACCUGGCCGACAACUCGAUCGUUUCCUUGACUUCGCCAACAGAUGACACCACCGAUGGUACUACAACUGGAUUCAAAGAACCAUCAGAUGUCUGCAUCAGCGUCGAUAACAAGAAACUCUACGUUACUGACACUAACAACCACCAAAUCAAAAUAGUACAUCUAAAUAGCAAACAGAACGUGUCCACGGUGGAGAAAUUGGAGUUAAAACUGCUAGAAGACGAAAAAUUGACAGUCGACAAGUCUAAGUACGAUAUUGUGACGUACAGAGCUGUCAAAAUCGAUAGUAAUGGCGGAAAAGUCGUGGUAGCUGUCAAAUUGUCUUUCGAUGACGGUUUGGGGCUGACAAAUGGCGCUCCUACGAAUUGGGCGGUGGAUGUACCGGAUUUAACUUGGUCUGCGGUACCGAAAAACGGUGCCGAUCUUAACAAUAUCGAAACUGUGAUUAAUGUUCCCUCUGUCGGUGCUUCCGGGGAUUAUAAUUUGGAUUUAUUGUUUAAUUUGGUUACUUGCACGAAGGAUGCUUGUCUGCCUAAGAGUUUUUUAGUUAGAAUCCCGGUUGAAUUUAGGAAAGGCGGGGAAGUUAAAGUUGACGAAAAGAUUGAAUUGGUUUUGAAUCCUAAUGGAGUUAAGUGUAAGUUAUAAGGGUGGUAAUCGUUUAAUAUAAAUACUACAGUCAUCGUUCCUAUCUGCAUUUGAAGUAUAAUCUAAAAAGGGGUUGCCAUCAAAGGUUUGUUAGUUAAAUGGCAUCUUGUAUCCAUUCACGUGUGCCCUUUUAUUCAACUGUUGUAGCAACGUUGGGAUUGGUAAGAUAUCUUUGUUUUUUUUUUUUUUUUUUUUUUUUUUUCAUCAAUCUAUCAAUUGACUAACAAUGGUAUCUUUUUAUUCAACGUAUCAACGUUGUUGGCAAAGAAAUUAAAUCUUGUUCAUGAAUUGUUAUUUUUAUCGUAAUUUUUUUGAUUUGUUCAACUAUCCUUAUGACUAAUGCUACUAUUACAAUUAUAAAUAGCUCCCCAGAUCUGGGGAAAAAUAACUGAAUGGCAACGAUGCAAACUAUAAUCAUGUAUGUAGUUUCGUUUCCUAGAGAAAAACAUUUUUUUAAACUCUUGAUAGUUUUAAAAAGUAAAAAACUAAACAGUAAUUAUUGUUACUAUAUUUUUGGGAUUAAUAAGUUUUAAAAAUUGUUAUAUGGAAUUUUAAUUUUUAUUAUUCAAUUUUCUAUAAAAUUAAUUUAACACUUAUUCUUUACGUUCAGUUUGUUUUUAUCGUAGUGUAGAAAAAAAAACAUGAACUAGAAAAAAAUAUUUUUUUCUCCACAAGAUUGAUAACAAGCGAUAUUAGCGUGCCGUUAUUCAUUACUAAUUAUUUAGCAAAAAAAUGUGAAGUAUUUGCGGUGCAAUAACUUGAAAUUUUAAAUUGAAACCGUUCAAAAUAAUAAAACUAAAAAUUAAAAAUGUAAAAAAUUCUCGAUACAAAAAACCUCUAAAAAGUAUGAAAAUAUACCGUUGCAGAAAGAAUAUCUACUUAUUCAACAUGCUGGCCAUAAGAACAGCUUCCAGUAACCAUGUCAGUUAUUCUAAUUUUACCCCAGAUCUGGGAAAAAAUAAUUGAAUGGCAACGAUACAAACCAUAAUUACGUAACUAGUUUCGUUUUCUUAAAUGACAGAAUGGACGUUGCCAUUCCGAUUUUUCCCCAGAUCUGGGGAAAAACAUCUAAAAGGCAAAGUCGCAACCGAGACACCUCAUUUUGAUCAUUACAAGUUAAAUAAAUUUGGCAAAACAGUAAAAUAAUGGACGAUUGGCUGGUAUUUAUAUUAAAUUAUCAUCUCCUAGUGAAGGGCAUUUUUUUCAAAUGCUUUUAUUAGUUUUAAAAGGUGUAAAAAUUAAACAAUAAUUUUUGUUACUGUAUUUUUGGGAUUAUUAAGUUUUAAAAAUUGUUUUAAUUAAUUAUUCAUUGUAGCGGAUUUUAGUUAUUAUUAAAUUUUCUAUAAAACGUAUUAACACUUAUUCUUUACGUUCGGUUUGUUCUUAUCACUUUGCAUUUUCAGUAGAAGUCUAAAUAUAUUUUAAAUUGAAAUUUCUAUUAUAAUAAUAAUGUGAAGUAAACAGAUACAAUGUAAAUAUGACCGAAAAAUAUUUUUUUUUUCAACUUUUAUCGCAGUGUAGAAAAACACAACUAUAGAGAAAUAUUGUACAUCAGCGUGACGUUAAUCAUUAAUAGCAAAAAAAAGUAAACCUCUAAAAAGUAUGAAAAUACGACAUUGUAGAAAGAAUAGCUAUUUCCUCCACAUCUUGGCCAUGCGUUGUCCGUCUUUCUGAUUUUUCUCCAGAUCUGGGGUAAAAUAACUAAAUGGAAACGAUGCAAAUUAUAAUCACGUAUCACAUAUGGCCCAAUUACGGCCCGCACUAAUCCCCACUUAAAAUAUUUGGCCCUCUUACAACAAAAAGUUUAGAUGACUGAAUGCAACGUUGAUAUUCCGAUUUUUCCCCAGAUCUGAAAAUCUGUAAAUAUCAGUUUAAUUAUAGAAUCGACCAUAUUUGAGAUAUUUGCUGACCCCUGGUCAGAAAUUUACAUUAAAUACCAAGUGGGGUACACCAACCUUUUUUGUAUAAAUUUUUUCCUUUAAUGUUUGUCAUUAAGAUUUAUAAAAAAAAUAAACACAUUUUGAUAGUAAAAAACAAUAUAUUUUUCCAUGUCAUUUCCAAACAUUAACAAAUUAAAUACGUCCACGAGCAAAUUAAAGUUAGAAACAAAAAAUAUUUUAAGAAAAACAUGCUAUAUAAAAAAAAAAUAAGAGACAAAGUAAAAAAUAACCGUGAUACUUUUAAAAUGGGAUACAUAUUUUAUUUUAAAAAUUUCUGAUUUCACCGGAUACAAAAUGGUUGCCAUGUAUUAUUUAGGGACUUGUCAUGACUGUAUCUACUCGUAUACAGUACCGACUCACCCGUCAAAAUUAAGAUGGGGCUCUUAAUAUUUGGACAUGAGAGCAAUAAAGGCAAGCAUGGAAUACACUGCGAUGCGUACUCGGCGACGUAUUAUUCUAUUUCUCUAUUCAAUAGCAUUGUGUUUCUAUACCGUUCUCCUUGAGUGUCAGGAUUGAAAAGUUAGUAUAUUGAAUAUCUUUUUACAAUAAAUAGCAAUUUAUUGCAACUUUUUAAUACUGUAUCAGAAAUAUAUUUAUGAAAGGCUCUGAAUAUUUUGGAACAUAUCCUAAAAAUGUAUAUCUGAGGUACAGUUGUACCCCGCUCUAGUUUAUGAAGGUUAAGAUGACGACUGAAGCUGGAAAGUAGAUUUAUGCCCAAAAACAACCCUUUAUUUAUUAUUUCUUAUGAAAAAUUCUUUAAAUCACUGGAUUUUAUUAUUAGUAAUAUAAUGAGCAUAGAAAAUCUUGUUGAUAAAAAAAACAAACCGAAACUUAUAGAAUAAAUUUAUUUCCCUUUUGAUGAAAAAAUCACUUUUGCGUUUUUUUUUUUAUUGUAACAUUCGUAAUUAAAAAAGGUAUAAAAAAAUAGGGACUGCCACGGUAAAGCUAUUGCAUAGCAUUUUUUUAUCAACUUAUGCAAUUAUAAUUAUUUAUUUAUUUUAUUUAUGCAGUAUUUUUUUUUUCUUUGAUAUUAAUUCAAGUUACACUUUUUGAGCGUGGUGACCGAUAAGAAAAAAAUGUUUUUCUUUUAUUGAAUAAAUGAGAAGUUAAUAUUUUUUUAAAUAUUUGUAUUAUCUUACAAUACAUGUAGAUUAUUCAGGAAUUUUUAUCAUUGAAACUAUAGGUUUAUGGUAACUGAAAUAAGAAACAUAAGUUUGAGACUUGAAAUCCUCUAAAUAUCUGGAAAAUACCGCGUCAAUGGUAGUCCCAUAUUUUGUUGUGGAUUCUUGUGGAUCAUUAUUCAUUUUCAAAUUCAAUUUUUCCGAAAUUUUUCGGUUUUCAGUUUUUCGAUUUUCUUUUAUUGAAUAAAUGAGAAGUUAAUAUUGUUUAACGCCGCACCGCUGUGCCGGUCGGAGUGGGGGGUGUUAGGUUUUUUUUCGUUACGGUGUUACGAAAUUUCUUGAUUCGGUCGCCACUCAAAGCCCGCGAUAAAAGCUAUGCAAUAGCUUAAAAAUAAACCGAAACGUAUAGAAUACAUUAUUUAAUUUCUUUUGAUGAAAAAAAAAAUCCGAAUAAAAUAAUUUUUUACGUUCCCUGUUUCGUUAUUUUCAAUAAUCAAAUAUUUAAUUCCGUUUUUUUUUUUCUAAGAGAUUAAUAAAUUGCGUUGUUAUAGUUUGUUUAUGUAAAAAUUUGUUUCGUUUGAAAAUAUGGCCUGCCAAAAAAUGACUGAAAUAACAGAUGCAUGUUUAUGAUGACAAAUUUCACAAUAUUUACAUCUAUACCCAAAUGGUUAUGA